CUCAAAGUUUGCCAGAAAACCAAAGAUAAAUGACUGACGGUUAUUCGUUGAGGAAACAAACCAGACACGGAGAUGAUAGGCCUGGUAACCGGAAGAGCAAAAACCCCAUUGACGACGUCCACGAUUAUUUUUAUUUAAAGGAGAGCAACGAAGGCGAGAUCAAGGUCAAGACCGAUACCGGUGAUAUCAUCUCUCUUAAAGUCAAAGGCUUAGACACCAUUGGCAGCGUCAAACUCAAGAUCCAGGCUGCAAUACCCUUUGACCAUAUUCCCUUUGACCAUCAGGAACUCAUCUUCAACGGAAAGCUUCUUCACAACAGCAAUACCCUUGCCAACUUGCCCAUCAAGAAGCGAUCACCUACCUUCACACUUAUGCGUAAAUCAGAGGAAUUGAUGGAAAUAUUUGUGAAUACCUUCACCGGAAAGACCAUCUCUUUGUGGGUCAAACCCACCUACACCAUCCACCAAGUGAAAUCGGAUAUCAAGCGUCAGGAAGGUAUCCAAUGGGGCGAGCAAGUGUUGAUCUUCAACAAAAUGGUUCUUGGGGACAUGGGUACCAUUUUCGACUUCCACAUCAAUAGGAAAUCGACCCUUACACUUAUGCGUAGAUCAAGCGGAUUCACGGGACCCAGGCAGAUCUUCAUUAAGUCCCUCAUCGGAGACCAGACCGUUACUCAGGAAGUCAAACCCUCUGACACCAUCCACGGCAUAAAACUCAAGAUCCAGGACAAGGUAGAUGUUCCGUCGGACGAGCAGGAGUUGAUCUUCAACGAAAUGGUUCUCCGUAACAUUGAUACCCUUGCUGACUGUAACAUUAACGCGGAAUCCACACUCACACUUAUGCGUAUAUCAGCAGGAUCCAUGCAUAUAUUCAUCAAGGCCUGCUAUGGAGACACCAUUACUCUCAAAGUCAAACCCUCAGACACCAUACGCAAUGUGAAAUCCAUGAUCCAUGAUAAGGAACGUUAUCCCCCACACCAGCAAAGACUUUUCUAUGGUGGAAAGCAGCUGGAGGAUAGCCCUACCCUUGCCGACUACCACAUCCCCAAGGAAUCAACCCUGGAUUUUGUUUAAGACUCGGGGGGCCACCAAGGUAUUAGUAGAUGUAGACUACAGUAUACAUUAGUUAUGAUAACACAAGACUAUGCCUUGUGCCUUUUGUAGUAGUCCUCUAAUUUUGUUACUUGUUGUCAACAAGUAUUUUAAUUAACUGGAAGCCUAUCUUACAAUAGUGUUGUUA